CAGUGAAGCAGACAGGAUCUCACCACGGGGGCAGCAUUUUACAGCAACAACGAAGCGUGGAGACAGCUGAAACCUGCUCGCAGCACACACACACAAACACACACACAAACAGCUUACCGGAGAGGGACCGUCACACACACACACUGCAUUUGCAAUCCACUACAAGCCUCCUUCUUCUGAAACAGUACACACACAAGAAAAAGGAUGGUGGAUGAUGGGGAAAACUUCUGUGGAGAAUUGCCUCUUUUAAGCGCUACUCAGAGUCGUUGUUUUUUUCUUUGAAAGCAAACUUUACUACUUUCUUUUCAUUGGAGUUGGGCCUUUACAGCAUCUAAACAUUGCUUAAAACAAGCUUGAUUAUCAGUUGCAGAGAUUGACAGCCGUAUUGGUAACCAUGAGGAUGCCUCCUCCUGAGUCUGAGCAGUAAGUGGAUUACGACGGCAGUAUUCUGGGAUUUCUCUUGCGGUUCAAGAAAAAAAAAAAAAAGAGAAAGGAAGCCUUCUAUUCAUGAUCGGUGGAUGUAUGUCUGUUAGAGAAGGAGAGGAUCUCUGGUGUUUUCUCCUCUUUUCUCCAGUGGAUUACAUAUGGAUUUUAUGGUAUCCGAGUGCAGCCUUGUGGAUGAUCGCUCGGUGCCAGUCACUGGGAUAAAGUACAAACAGGGACACAAUGUGUUUACAGACCAUUUACCAAUGAACAUCAAUUACUAAAUGAGGGGUGCUGUCUACCCGGGAGGUGACUUGGGCACAAACAGAGAUUGAUUGAAGUGAUCUGUGUGAAUCCAAUUAAUGUAUCCUGGAUUCCGGCCAAGGCAGACGCUAUGAAGGGGAACACCAUCAUCUAGCAUCUGAUCGUCUUCCUCACUGGAUAAACCCGAGGACCUCUGCGCUCCCUCUUCAAGCACAUUCCCUCUUUUCUCCCUUCCACCCAGGCAAGGAUGGUACCCCCACCCCCCACCAACAAGCCCCAUGUGUGCCUCUCCACCAUUAUCAUCAUGAGCAGUAUGGCGCUGAUUGAUGCCUACCUGGUCGAGCAGAACCACGGACCCCGCAAGAUUGGCAUCUGCAUCAUGGUGAUGGUGGGAGACAUCUGCUUCCUCAUCGUGUUGCGCUACGUGGCAGUGUGGGUGGGCGCUGAGGUGCGCACAGCUAAACGAGGCUAUGCCAUGAUCCUCUGGUUCCUCUACAUCUUUGUGCUGGAGAUCAAGGUCUACUUCGUGUAUCAAAACUACAAAGCAGACAGGAAGAGCUUGGAUGCACUCGCAAGGAAAGCGUUGACACUGCUGCUGUCCAUCUGCAUCCCGGUGUUGUUUGUGGUGCUUGUAGCUAUCGACCACAUGGAAUACGUGCGCGCCUUCAAAAAGCGGGAGGAGAUCCGUAAUCGUCUGUUCUGGGUAGUGGUGGACUUACUGGACAUACUGGACAUCCAAGCAAACCUGUGGGAGCCUCAAAAGAAAGGGUUGCCCCUGUGGGCGGAAGGCCUGAUGUUCUUCUACUGCUACAUCUUGCUGCUUGUGCUUCCUUGUGUGUCCUUGAGCGAGAUCAGCAUGCAGGGCAUCAACAUAGUGCCCCACAAGAUGCUGUUGUACCCCAUUCUCAGCCUGGUGACCAUCAACGUUAUCACACUCUUCAUCCGCGGGGGAAACAUGAUCCUGUACAGAGAUGCCAGGGUGUCCGGCAUCCUGAUCGGAAAGAACAUACUGGCCAUCAUCCUAAAGACCUGCAGCUUUGUGCAGUACAGGAGACAGUUGCAGAACGCUCCUCCUGCCUUCGGAGUGGAGCUGCAGAAAAACUCGGUGGCUCAUGCUCGCCCUGCCCCCACACCUCCUCAAGUGGUCUCACAGGACCAGACGCCGCUCCCCGAAGUAACCACAUGUGAACACACAUGACAUAACAAUGUGAGGUGAACCCCUUGAAAUGUUAAUAUGAUAAUGUAGAGUAUGACCCUCAGGACGCUGGCAGGGAACAAUGUUCCACACCUUUUUAGGGGUGCGAACACUCAUGUGAACGCACAGGAGAUCAUGAUCCCUCAUGCUUAAUGGCACACAGGACCCUGCAGUGCCUGGCAGGGAUAGAGCUGUGCUGUAUUCAGAGCCGUCAUGGUGCAAAAUGCAGUAUUACUUAUGACUUUGUGAAAGCAUUUCUCCUGGCAAAUCCAAUUAACUGUGUAUUUUUUCUAACUGUACAAAUGGAAAAAAAAGGCAACUACUACAAGAUAAUAGGAUAUAUUUUUGAAAUGUGUGUGUUGCAUUCUUAUCUUAAAUUCAAAGGUCUGUGUGCUGUGGUGUGUAUUUUUGUUGCUCUAAUGUUCUUAGUAGUCAAAAGCUUUAACUCGUCAAAGGGAGCAACCAAUGAGGGAAUCCAAGUGAUGGGGUGAAAAUAAGAGUUAAAGCUCUUUUUUUGA